UCGACGGGAAGUGGGAGUGAGGGGCCGCGCUCGGCCGUCCGGGACGGCGCGCCGGAGCCAUGCGUACCCUCGCAGUCGCGCCCUGGGGCCGGCUGCUCCUCGCCGGCUGCUGGCUGGUGGCGGUGGGAACGGUGGCAGGAACCAAAGUUCUUCCACCUCCAUCCAACCUCAACUACACUUUUAUCCAAAUCUGCACCCUGAACUGGACAUGGAACCCUCCAGAGAACGUCAGCAGUAGCUGUGAGCUGGAGUAUUCCAGUGACGUGGUGAUUGAUGAGGUCCCUCAGGAUAUAAGAGCAUGGAGUAAGAGCCGUUUCCGUGUGACGGACACGUUCUUGAAUGCGGAAACGAGCUUCAGAGUGAGGAGUGAGUGCAAGUAUGAUAACGGCAGCGAGCCCAGCCGGUGGGUGGAGGCCUCCCUUCCUCCUAAAGGCAUUCCAGGUACUGCUGCUGUUGACUUGAGCUGUGUUUGGCACAAUUUGGAGUACAUGGUUUGCACGUGGCGUCCCGGGGAGAACGCAAGCGGUGAUACCAAUUACAUGCUGUUCUACUGGUUUGAUGGUUUGAAAAACCAUCAGAAGUGCAGCAACUAUUCUGUGCACCAAGGAACCUUUGGGUGCAGUUUCAACCUUAGCUUCCCAAAAGUCACCAGUACUUACCCAGCUAUAAGUAUAUUGAUUAGAGGUGACUCUGAAGAAAUCAGGCCUGUGUGUGCAAGUAAAAAUCCUACCACCCUUGUAAAACCUGCUACACCAAGACACAUCACCCUGUCAAAGGUUAACGAUGAGAUACGUGUGGAAUGGAGUGAAUCAGACACCUUUCCAGAAAAUUGUUUGGUUUAUGAAGUUGAGUGUCACACUGGUGAUCUGGACACUGCUUGGAGAAUUAAAGUUAAAAAUAAUUAUACAUCAAUUCCUAGCAUUGAUCCCAAGAGCAAGUACAACUUCAAAGUGAGAGCAAAACCAGAUCCCACAUGCUACAGCAGCGAGCUCUGUAGUGACUGGAGUGAAGAAAAGAGUAUUGGUGAGAAGAUGGACUCCACAUUCUAUUUUGCUUUAAUAAUCACCAUCCCAUUAGUAGUUGCAGUAUCUACAAUAAUUCUACUAAUUUAUCUGAAAAGGCUGAAGAUAUUAAUUCUUCCACCAAUUCCAGACCCUAGAGAAAUUCUUAAGCGUAUGUUUGGAGAGCAGAAUGACGAUUUCCAGAGCUAUGCAAGGGAUGAUUCUGUGAACACUUACGACAGGUUAAAUAAAGAAGAAGAAAUUCAUUCCUUAAUUUUAACAGAAACUCCAGAGUCUGCUAAUUCUGAAAAGAAAAAUGACAAACUCUGCUUUACCAGUGACAGAUGAGGAAACUUUCAUUCCUGCUGCCUUACCUCAGGUGACAAUGUAGAUGAGAAGAGGCCUGCAAGACAUCCACCAACUUUCACUUUACCGAGUCCUCUCUGAGCCUUACUUCUCUGAUGCUCAGAAGGUACAACAGCAGGAGUGGCCAUUCUUCCAUCUCUGCUAGAAAUACUCAUCUUGGAUCAUUCAAGAUGAGCAUGUACAUGAAUUUCCUGUGACUGCACUGCAGCAUAUCUUGUUCUGGCUUCAGCCAGCUCUGCCUUCUGACUUGUCAUUUGCACUUGUGUUUGUGCCUCACUUUGGACUGUAAAUGGGUUUUUUGGAACAAGCAUUGUAACUUCUCUGAAGUAUUUGCUUCUGUUUUGCAGCAGGUGAGAUGAGGCUUGUUUACACUAGAUGGUUUAUUAGUACUAUUAUGUGGAACUGCUGCCAGGUAGGAUGGCAGAGGGUGGGCCUUUUGUAGAUGGGCUGUUUCACAUGCUCCAGGGCAGGGCAUUUUCCAAAGGGCAUUUAUGGACUGACCUUCUCAGGCUUCUGGUUGGUAUGCCUCAGCUGUGGCCUGGCCAAACCCCAUAUAAGAGAGCUGUUUUGUAUUUAAAGAUCUGUAUGAAAAGCCUCUCUUGCUUUCCAGCUGGUAUUCAGACUAUUCAUAGAAAAGGCUUAGGGGUUUUUUUUAUCCUUCCAAGGGCCUGUCCUCAGAUGCCUUCAUGAACUUCUUGGGUCAUUUAUACUUUGUUUAAAAUGAGAAACAGAUAUUAUUUUUUACUUGUGUUGUGCAGUGGCAUGUAACUGUAUUGAGUCUCACCAGACUCGUGAUUCUACUUUGGCCAUAUUGGUCUGAAAACACCUGAUUUAUGGAAGACCUGAGUCUAUCCAGCAAAAUUACCAGGAUGGAUGAGUGAGUCUAAGAAGCUGUGGUCAGGUUGGUUAGCAAGUGCUAUACUGCUGAAACCAAAUUAAUUCAAAGGCUUCAAGACCCAUCCCUAUUGCUGAGCUGAUGGAUUUGGGAGGAGAGGGAAUGACAACCUUAGCCCGCUUCCAAAGGGAUAAGCUUUAUUCUUUCUGUGUAGUGAUGAGGCUGUGAUUUGAGCUUUCCCUCUAGGAGCUUAACAAUUUAAAACAAGGUGCUGAUUUGACUUUUUUUUUUUUAAAGGAGUUUUUCUGUAUUUUACUGCAGCAGUUUGACUCUUUUUAUUUUUGUGUGUGUGUAAAUCAUGCAUUGAUUUGUUAAUUUUUUGAUGGUUUUGUUUUGAGGUUCCUUUACCCAACAGAGCUCAGCAGACUUUCCUGGCACAACUGUGACUGAUUCUCUGCUCUAAAUUCUGAGUAUUAAGUUUCUACCCUGUGCUACAAGGGUGUUAACAUCAGUACCCUGAUUGUGCUGGAGGCAGAAAGCAAUGUAAUGAAGGAGAAAGGGUUAAUAAGCUGGUUAUGGCUAGUGUUCAGGAGUUUCUCCUCACAGCUAAGUGCAGACAUUAGUUGUUGAUACAGUCUUAGAAGACUGAGGAGAGAUCUCCUCAGAAAUCUGCUAGGAGCAAACUGGAUAGCCACUAACCUCUCAAAGUUCAGAUUCCAUUCAGUCAAAAAUCUGAAACCAAAUGCUGUAUAUAUUUUUAGAACACACUGUUCUGUGAGAAGUAGAUCUAACAGCUUUCUUUUUCCAUCCUUUACCCUCUUACAUAUUCCCUCCCUCACAAUAAAUCCAAUUCUUUCCCCAGUCCCCACUGAACCUCUCAAACAUAGUUUCCUUCAUGUCUCUUACCUAUGUCUUCUUGUGGUAGAAAGGGGAGGAGAAAUGUAGCAGAACAAGCAAACCCUAUAUUAGUUUACAUCUACUUAUAAUCAGGCUAAAAAAGACAUUAUAAAAAUUGGUUAAUGAGACAAAACAAGAAUAAAGCCUCAGGGAUUUCAGUGAGAUAACUCAGGUUAUACAAAGUCAGCUAGCAGCACUACCUGAUAUUCCAGAGGUAAAGGAAUAGCACUGGGGAAAGGGUUAUUAAAUUCCUGUGCCAGCUUCAUUCCCUCUUCCCCCCAACAUUUGUAUCAUUAUAGUGAUAUAAAUAUUUCUCAAAUCUACCUCAUCUAGAAUGUUGCUCAUCAUAGACCACUAGACAAGCAGAAAUGUGUUUGAUUUCAAGAUAAGUGAGCAUAACUGUGUAAUACCAACUUUUGUGGCUUUCAGUAUAGCAAUCUAGGAAGAUGAUCCUUUCUACAUUACCCUAAAUUCUUUUGACUUUUGUUUUGGUGUUUGUGGUAAAACCAAAGCUUAUUUGUUAAAAAAAAACCAAACAAAACAGACAAAACCCCAAAAAUUUGUAAAGCCAAAGGAGUGUAAAAAAAAACAGACAGAAGGUGUUUGGCCCAAAGUAAGACUUAAAUGGAGAGGAUCACUAUCCAGAUCACUUUAUAGAAGUGGUUUGGGUAAUUCUUUGUUUUGACACACCUCCUAAUGGAUGGAUUUCUUGAGCCUGUGUUUUGGCAUGUACAGUGAGUGUCUGACUAUAUUUUCACCUUUAAUGUGUCUUGUGUGGUUAGGGUGGUUUUAGCUUGAAAUGUUCCAAGUUUUGUGCUGUUAUUUGUUCCUUAUUGCACUUACUUGAUCUGUAAGGUUGUUUAAAGAAUUAAUAAAUAUGUUUUAAUAUUUUUCAAUAUAA